AUGAGUAAGCCCCCACCUGGCCCGUCUGCCGGGUCUGCUAGUCCCACAGACAGAGCGGAAUUGCUGGAAUGCUAUGGCCUCGCCCCUCCCGACCUGGCUUCCCUACCGAGUAGUCUGCCUUGGCACCACUCCCCAAUGGCCCCAGCUACGACCAGCACAACUGACGCGGCCGGAAUGGCCGACAUGACCGACAUGGCAGACUUAUCCGGGCUCUUGCCCAAUCUGAUGGCUUUCUUUGGGCAGUAG